UAAAACAGACCAUCGGAAACGAAAUCCUGCAAACUGCAAUGUUUAUUCAUGGUACAUUUAUCUGUGACUACAUUCAUGUUUUUUCAGAAUUGAAUAUAAAUCAUAAAUAUUUCAACUAAUAAUGCACUAUUCAUGCACAAUAUCAAUUUAAGAAUAUCUACCACAGUUUGAUAAUGUUGGAAAAAUCUAUAUGGUUUUCCCAUAUUUCAUAUUUUCUGAGCAGCUAUACAGUACAAAAUGUUUACUGUAAAAUUUGUCUAUUUUUAAUAUUUUUAUUUACGUUAGCUUGAGUAAAAUAAUAAAAAGUGAGAAUGCACUGUAUGAAAUUAAUGUUACAUUACUGAAAUAUGAUUACUUCUUAUACAAAUUAUAGAAAAGAUAAAAGACUUUGUGGGUAUACCCAAUAUAACAAAAUCUCCAAAACAAGUAUUAGAUUUAUGAAUACUUAUUCAAAAUUAUCAAGAUUAUACAUUCCUAACCUAUUUAUUGAAAAUUUAAAGCCGAUAGGCAAUGAUGGAAUAAAGAAAGCAUGCGUUUUCAAAUACAGUGUACAAUGUAACGAGAAAGCUUUCAACGAAACUAAUGAUUUUGAGUAUAAAAUAAUGGCAUUACGCAGUAUGGUUAACAAAGGGGUAGUUAGCAACAAAUUUUUUACAAGUGUCAUUGAAGAUUUAGAAAAUAAUAAGAUUAAUGUGUCACAAAGUUUGAGUAUAACAUUACUUAAAUGUUGUGGAAACAUUAUGUACUAUACUGACUUAAAAACACGACAAAAUUUGAGUAAACGAGUUUUGAAUCUUUUGAAAUAUAAGAAUUUUACAAUAGAUCAUUAUCAUACUUUAUUACAAACACACAUUGAUAAUGUUCAUUUAAUUGAUCCAUAUAAGUUCCUGAAAGAAAUGAUUGUUGCACCAGAAUAUAAGACAUAUUGUCUUUUAUUAAGAUUGUUGUCAAUCACAGACACUAACAAGUCAGUGAUAGAUUUCAUAUCACAUAUGAGAGAAAAUAAUUGUCUUUUUGGAGAAGAAGAGUACAAUGCAUUGGUUUAUUCAUAUUCUGCACUGGGAGAUUUAACAAAAGCUAAAGAAGUUAUAAAUUCCAUGGAAGAAGCAAACAUUACACCUUCCCUUGCAACUCAUACACAAUUAUUGUAUGGCUUUGCUAAAAUUGGCGAUAUAGAAGGUUUAACAGAAAUUUUGACGACUAAGACUAUACCUCUAUUAGAUAUUAUGAAGCUUAUUAAGUUUCUUAGUUUAUGUAAAAAUGGAGAACAUAUAUCAGAUAUUUUAAGGCAUACACAAGCAAUAGAAAAACCUGAAAAGGAUGUCAUUGCAGUAAUUGUGCAACUAGUACAUGAAAAAUGCUAUUUCGAUGCAUAUGAAAUUGUUACAAAAAUUCCUACAAAGGACAAUGACAAAACCAUCAAAAAAAAGCUCGCAUCAUAUUUUCUUAAAGAAAUGAUAAGUUUGAAUAUAAAUCAGGAAGAUGUAUUGAAAUUUAUAGUUAUGUUUGCAAUGAAACAUGACAUAGGUAGUGUUUGGAAAAACGCAAUUCAAUUUGCUACAAAUUACAAUAAUGAUUCACUAGCUUUUGCUGUAUUUGAAAAAAUGAAAGAAAAUAAUCGUAUUAUUAUGCCGUAUUACUAUUGGUUCUUGUUUACAAAGGCAGCUCAGAAAGGUGAGGAGCAUGAGAUAUAUUCGAUUAUGAGACAUAUGCUAUCAUUAAAUGUUACAUUAGAUAACAGAACAUGGUUAGAGUAUGUAUUCCCAUAUAUCAGUACUAGUAAUCCUGUCCUUACAAUUGAAAAAAUGCUUCAUAAUGGAUUAGCAACAUCUUAUACAGUACCACAUCUGAUAAAAUUUUUAUUAAAUUCGUAUAAGUUAAAAGAAUGCCUGGACUUAUGCAAAAGAUUUAAGAAGAAGAUAAACUGCCAUGAUAUGUUGGACUCUUUAGUCUUGAAUUACAAACAAUCAAAAGAUAUCGAUAGCUGUAUAGAACUCUUACUUAGAUUGUCAUAUAAUGGUCAAGGUUUUGCUGGAACAUUUUUAGUAAAACUUGUACAACAGCCUGACUUUGAGGAAAAUGAUGUAGAAAAUGUUAUUAAACUUUUGUACGCCAUGAAAAAAAAUAAAGCAUUUAUGUCUGUUAAUGAUAUAAAUCGUGUGGAAAAGAAGAUUUUUCAUUUAAAUUUAUCAGAUUACAAUAAAUUCGAUUUAUCACAGUUAUUCAUAGAUGUAACUGCAAAUCCUGAAACAGAUAAUUUCAACAGCGGAAAAGAAAUUCAUCCUACAUUUAUGAAUCUGGAACAAUUGAAAACAAAUUUUAGUAUACUUAAAAUGAAAGGAUUAAAUGCCAGGGGUACUAUACGAUUAUUACUUAUGGCAUCAUGCAAAGAAAAUGAUAUAGAACAAGUGCACAGUCUUCUAAAUGAAAUAAAAAUAAAUAAUAUCCAGUGGACACCUGGAAUGAUGGUCCUUUUGUUCAAUUUUUAUAUAAAAAAUAAAAUGUGUACAGAAGCCUUAUCUGAGUUGAACAACAUUCAAAGUACGUUCCCCAAUUUUAAAAUUGAUAAUUUUAAAAUUAUAGAAUUUAUUAUAUUAUUAGUGAAAGAAAACAAAAUAAAUAAAGCUAUGAAUGUGAUAAGGGAAUUUGACAGUGUCAAUCAUCGAACAAAUGCACAUCUAAAUUGCAUAAAAUUAUUUAAUACACUAGUAGAAUGUAAUUAUUCUGAUUAUGUGAAACAAAUGGCUGAUCUUUUAGUACGAAAGGGUUAUUGUAGAAAUAGUCCUUUUAUAUGGAGCCAUAUAUUUAAUAUUUCUAUGACAGAAGAUAAACCUAUUGAAUUAGUUGUAAGUGAAUGCAGAGAAUAUGUUGAAACAUUCAAUUACGUUCCAGCAAAACAGGAAAUAUUAACAAAAUUGAUUAAACUAGAUUCAAAAUAUGAAAAUCGUAGUUCUUUAAUAAAAGAUGUCUACAGUAUGAUAGUGAAAGUUCAUGGAAAAGAAACUGCAAUUACAAAUCUAAUGAUAUCGCUGGCACAAUGCGAUAAAACAAAAGAAUUACAAGAUUUAUUUGUGAAUAAUCAUAUGUCUGCUAAAACUUUAUUACAAGAAUUUAAAUAUUUACCAGAAAAUGAUAUUGUAAAAGUAUGUUUGAUUAUGUUAAAAAUAGGAGGAAACAUAUUGAAACAAAAUUUAGAACCCAUAUGUUAUUUAGUUCUAACUAUUUACAUAAAACGAGAUGAAACAGAAGCUGCUGUGAAGCUAAAAGAAAAUAUGUUGCAAAAAGGUGUAAGGCCCAGUAAACAAUUUAAAACUGACUAUACAGCUUUAAUAAAUAAGUAUAAAUUUCCGCUUUCCGAAGAUUAGUUAUUAGAAUAGUAUGAAAUAAAAUUGUAAAAAGUGAAAUUCUAAAUUAAUAAACAAUCUUUAAGUUAUCUUUUAAUAUAGUAUUAUAAUUAAUCAUUAAAUUAAAAGUAUCUUCUUUUAUUGGACCAUAAUCAACCUGUUCUCUUUGCUUAAAAAUGAAAUCUUUUAUUUUAUUA